AUGUCGUCGUCGCUAUCCCCCGAACAGCUCGAAGGAGGUACCUCUCGGGCCUCUACCGAGGGCACCGACAAGGGCGUCCUCUCCUCUCUGAACCUCAACUUCUUCAAGAACCUGUCAGAUAAAAAGGUCACUCGCACUGGGAAUCCUCCCAAACGCCGUGGACCGAAGCCGGACAGCAAGCCCGCCCUGACUAGGCGGCAAGAACUCAACCGACAGGCUCAGCGUACCCACCGCGAGAGGAAGGAACUGUACAUCAAAGCAUUAGAAGACGAAGUUCUUAGACUGAAGGAAGUCUUCAGCACAAUUUCACAGGACAAACAGAAAUUGGUUGAUGAGAAUAAGCAGCUCAAGGAGGUUCUUGUCCAGAGAGGCAUUCAGGUUCCGAGAGUGGACGACUCAGCAAGCAGCGCUGCGCAGGCGAUGAGUGUAAGUGCCUCUGGCAUUAGCUACGCGCCCGGCUCUUCAAGCGGCUUCUCGCCCGUUGCUACGUCUCACGCAACCUCCAUGUCAAUGUCGCCGGACAACCGCCAACAGUCGCCUGCCGGGAGCGGGGCCGAUCUUGAGCAGGCUGUGACCCUCGAUCGAGGUUGCCACUUCACAGCAGCGCGAGCCAACACUGUCGGGGGCUUGAUGCGCAAGGGCCGAGCGAGCGACGCCGACGGCGCACCGUGCGGUCACGCCCUCAUGGCAUCUUGCCCUCCCGCCCCCUUUCAAGACCUGACGUCGGAAACCCCCUUCGGCAACGCGCACACGCACGACCACGGCGGCGAGUUUCACGCGCAAGGCCAGGGAACGUGGGAGCUCACCAAGGCCGACUUGUCCACGCUCCUGGACCUCAGCCGGAAGCUCAGCCUGGACGGCGAAAUCACUCCAGUCAUGGCGUGGGGGAUGGUCUUGUCUCAUUCCAGGUUCGCCGAGCUGGAAGUGGGCGAUUUUGAAAAGCUUUCCGAGGAGUUGCUGCGAAAAGUCAGGUGUUACGGUUUUGGCGCUGUUCUGGAGGAGUUUGAAUUACGGGAUGCUAUAGAAAACAUUUUUUCUGGUCGCCCCGAGGCAAUGGUCUUCUAA